GAAGCGCUGCUUAUAGUUUGGUGAAAAGACCYGAACUGACGCUGUUCAAAUGGUGCGUUUAUGUACCGUAGGAAAGAAAGUUUAAUUGAGUAAUUUUUAAAUCUUCAAUAAAAUCUCGAGAAUAAACUUGUAAUAUAAAGUAAAAUAACUACGCUGGAAUACUCGCCAUCAUUCAUUUUUUACUUAUUAUUUAAACUCUCAUGCGUUUUAUUUUGUCUUGAAAGCGACCCUUUUUCAGAAGCAAAAAGUCGGAUUUAAUGUUGGACCGUGAAGGCAUCUCUAACUCCUCACUGAAGCCGGGCUCACAAACAGGAUUUAGAAUGGCAGGCCUGUGGAGAUCCUACCAGACAUUAAUGACCAAAUAUCCCUGGACAGUCCAGAUUGUUACUGCUGGGUCUUUAGUGGGUGUCGGUGAUGUCAUCUCCCAACAGCUGAUUGAGAGGAGAGGAUUAGYUCAUCACAACGUGCGGCGGACAGCCCGGAUGAUGACUAUAGGGUUCUUCUUUGUGGGUCCAGUAAUCGGCAGCUGGUACAAAGUUUUGGACGGGUUGGUGGUGGGAGGAAGUAAGAGUGCAGCCAUGAAGAAAAUGCUGGUUGACCAG